UGGGGGGAGAUAAGGUGGUUGCAGGGUUGGGCUCGGAGGGUCCCGGGGACGCGGCAUGGAGCUGGGUUGGCUGCUAUGGGGUGCGGCGGUGCUGCUGCUGCUGCACCUCCUGAUGGAGCUCAGCCCGGCUGUGAACUUCGCGUUGCGCAUCGGUUUUUACUACGUGUUGUGCAUCGUCUGCUCCGGGCUCACCGCUCCCGUCUGCCUCCUCGUCAACGGCGGCCGCACCGUCAAGAACAUGAGGAUCAUCAAAACCGUGGUCAAGUCCUUCAAAUAUUUCUUCGGCCUGAGGUUUGAGGUGAAAGGACUGGAGAACUUUGAGAUGGAGGGCCCCGCCAUCAUUGUGUCCAACCACCAGAGCAUCCUCGACAUGAUGGGGCUGAUGGAGGUCCUGCCCGACGGCUGUGUCCAGGUGGGCAAGAAGGAGCUGAUGUACGCCGGCACGGUGGGACUCAUCACCUACCUCGGGGGUGUCAUCUUCAUCAACAGGAAGAAAACCAGCAGUGCCAAGAUGGUGAUGGCGGAGGUGGCCAAGACCAUGAUAGCUGAGAACGUGAAGGUGUGGGUGUACCCUGAGGGCACGAGGAACUGCACGGGAGAUUUGAUGCCAUUCAAGAAAGGAGCAUUUCAUCUUGCUGUCCAGGCACAGGUCCCUGUGAUCCCCGUGGUGUAUUCCUCCUUCACCACUUUCUACAACCCGAAGAAGAAUCUGUUUACAUCAGGCAAAAUCAAGGUCGAGGUUCUCCCGCCAAUAGAAACCAAAGGGCUGACAUCAGACGACGUCUCUGACCUCACUGACAGAUGCCACAACAUCAUGAGGGAGACCCUCUUCAGGCUGUCGGGCCGCCCAGGCGAGGGGAAGGAUUCCUCCUAGCUGCUGCUCCAGCGGCGUCACCGUGUGGCGGUGGCCGAAGGGACCCAUCUGCUGCCAGACACCAAAGGAACAUCUCUUCCUCUGCAGUGACUUGGAACUCUGGGGAUGCUGUGGACUGGCACACGAGGCGUAUCGAGCCAGCAGCGAGGCUCCCUGUUGAGUGGAUUUCUCUUAAGGGUUCUUUAUCUUGCAAUGAAACGUCUCCUCUUUCUGUAUUUCUCAGGCACCAAAUGUAUGCUACCAAAGGGCUCAAUGAUCAGAGAGGUGAGUUCUCCAGCUCAGGCAGCUGCUGUGGGGCAGUGAGGAGGGCCUGGUAGGAGCCUGGGCUGUGCCCUGUGUGAAUGUCCCCGUGCUCCUGCUGGCUGUUAGGUGCUGCCCCAGAUGGAAAGCCAGCAGGCAGCAGUGUGUCCCUGCACAACCUUGGUGCUGAGAAUUGGGAGAAAAUCCAGACUCUGGCUGUCCAGCAGCACAGCCCUGUGUUCAGUGCUGUGCCCUGCAACGUGCUUCUGCCAGCAUCCCCAGGUGGAGCAGAGCACCGAGGCUUUUUCCUGAGAGAUGCCCUUGGAUCUCAGCAGCAUCUGUUGCUGGGGCUCUGUGUUGCCCAGGCGUUCUGGAGCCAAGCCUUCCCCCUUUGAGGAAAGCUCCUAGGGCCAAUAACUGAGCUAAAAAAGGGGAAUGCAUGGGGCCAGUCAGCCGUGAGCCUUUCCUAAAGCCCAGCUUCUCAUUAGAACAAGUGCUCUCCCUCACUGAGGGGUACAGCAGUGCAGAGGGAAGCUGUGGUGUCACCGAGGCAGUGCACGCUGCCUGGGUGGGUUUGGCUGUGCUGUUUGUUCGACCUCCUCAAGCAAUUAUCCUGGCGCCUGGGGUGCUUGGUGCAGAUGCAGAGGGCUCUGCCAUGCUUGUCUUGUCAUGGUCAGCACUGGCCGAAAGAUGGUGCCUGUCCCAUGUCUCUGUGCUGAUCUCAGUGAAGCUGCUGCUCCGCAGGAGUUGCAAAACUUGUGGGGAGCCUACAGGGUGCAUGAGCUGAGUCUGUAAUGGGGAGAGUUUCAGUUUUCCCCCUAGAGAAAAUAGGCUCCAUCCCUUUUAGAGGAGUUUGGAUAAAGGGCUUUCCCAGCUCUGGGAUGGUAGAUGGGGCAGUGCUCCUGGAUCCCUUGCUGUUGCUCUCUGCGAAGUGCAGGGCUGGCUCAGGUCUGUGAUUCCGGGGCUCAGGGAGGCAUGAGCACUCUUGCUAAUGCAGCAGGGAGCACCGUGAGAUGAGCAGAGUCAGCUUCUGGAGCCUGCCUGUGGCUGCGUUGCUCUAAGUGGAUUUGCAGGGCAUUUUUUAGGGUAAAUCCUCACCUGGGCAAGGCACAGCCAGCAGUCUCCAAGGCAGACAGUCCUUAGGCUGAGUUGCUGUGGAGCUGGGGCUUUAUCCUAGGGUCUUUAUGGUACAGUCUCAGGGGUCAGACCUGCCAAGGGAACGGGUCGGGGUGGGAGGAUGGAAACCCAACCAGCACUUUGUAAGAACAGCAGAAAAAUGGCUGUUACGGAGGUGAAACCCAGGAGGAUCAAAGGAGUGCUCAAUGGAGCAACUCAUGCAGCACCUAGGAGAAAGAAGCAAUGCCUCUGUGUGCAUUUGUCUACUGUUCAGUUUUAAUUGGGUUAAGAAAAUGUAUUUUGCUUAAAGAGGGGGGAAAAAAAAAAGUAUGUCUUUGAUUAUUUAAACGAAGGAGACUCUUGAUUUUGUGUGGGAGCUGAGGGAGGAGGGCUGCUGUGGGAGGAAGAGCCCAUAGCAAAGUGGGGCCACGGAGGGAGCUCCAUCCUUCCUGUAAUGAGCCUGCGGCCUCUGUGCACAGUAGGAGACUUUAUUUUAGUGUAACUCUUUAUUUUAGUAUAACUCUGCAGCAUGGCUGUACCCACAGGGCUCCUCCUUGCAACUGUGGUUGUAGCCAAGUGUUGUACCGCAUUGCUCGCGUCUGCUCUGCUACACCUGCAACCUUGGCUUGAACAAACAGAGCUAGGGAGGUUGGUGUGGACUGCCAAAGCAGCAACGGUUGGGUGGGGGAAAACAGCCACCUUAACAGUUGGUGCUGUGCCAGUGUAAACAAGUGGGCUUUGUCUGGACUCCAUCUGCAGAGCAGGUGUGCAGGGGACUUGGCCUCACCCUGUUGGCACGGCUGAGUGAUGCAGGUUUGUCCCUGUCUGCUCUGUGCUGGUGAUGGGAGUGUCACAGGGAAAGGUUUUGCAUUAAAACAAUAAAACCAGGCUCUAUGCCUUCA